AUGACAUCCAAGAAAGUGGUCGAGCUCUUCUAUGAUGUGGUUUCUCCGUACUCCUGGCUGGGCUUUGAGGUCAGUGUUGGCAUUAUUUUGUCGGUGGGCACUAAGAAAGCUACAGAUCCAAUAAUACUGGUAUUUGUUUGGACUCUCUGCAGGUCAUGUGCAGAUACAGAAACGUGUGGAAUAUAGAGCUGAAACUGCGCCCUGCAUUUCUGGGUGGCAUCAUGCAGGGGUCAGGUAAAUAAUCUGGUAAAAAGGUAGAUAUUAAAGCUGAGAACAGUGCACAUGGCAUCUUUCCUGGAGUAUAGUCAUCUUCUUUCAAUCAGUCUUCAAUCAAUCAGUCUUUAUUUAUAUAGCACUUUUCAUACAUAACAUGUAGCACAAAGUGUUUUACACAAAAAAAGGAAUAAAAGAAACAAAGAAUACCCAAAUUUACCCCAAUCCAGGAUUAAAAGAAUACCCAAAUCAACCCCAGCCCAACCACUCAUUCCCACACCACGAUCUAAUUGCAACAGAAACAGUAUUAAAAUGCAUAAACUGAAAAAGGGCUUGAUUUCGUGGAAACAGGAAUGUGCGCACUGAGGAAACGUCAUUUGGAAACUCAAGAUAAGGAAAGACUGGAGGUUUAUGUUAAAAUCUGAAAACAAAGAAUGAUAUUUCAGAAAUAAUUAAUAAAAUGAAAUGAAAACAACAGUAAAAGAUACUAAAAUAUGAGGACCAAAAUAGCUCAAUAAAAGACGAUCCUCUUAUUAAAACUUUAACAGGCAAAGCAUGAAACUUUGAAUAUAACUUCAGUCUGUCCAGAUUUAAAGUACGAUACUUGACAGAAAAACUAAAACUAUCAACAAUUACAAUAUGAUGAUUCUGACCCAUUGCAGAGCAUAUGUUCAUAACUGUGUGAAAAAUAUUAGUACUGUAAUAAAUAAGGUGAAAUGAAUCUCUCAUGACAGGAAACAAGCCCCCUGGUCUGGUUCCAAACAAAUUCCUUUACAUGACCAAGGAUCUGGAGCGUUUGGCAAAGUAUUUCAAUGUCCCCUUGGAGAGUCCAUCUAACCCUGCUGAGGCCAUGUUCGUAAAAGGUACUCGCAGUGUUUGCCCAAGUAGUCCACUUCUGCUGCAGCCUUGCUUAUAAGGUGUUUCAUCUCUCUCCUGUUUUCUUCACCCACAGGCUCUUUGUCUGCGAUGCGAUUUGUGACGGCAGUGCAGGAGAUGGAGAAAAGUGGAGACGAGCAGGUGGAGCGUGUUUCCCGGGAGCUGUGGAGACGGAUCUGGAGCGAGGACAAGGACAUCACUGAACCUGCAUCUCUGUCUGAGGUACCCACUUUGCUGACUGAUUAUAUCUGAGAACAUUGAGAGACUUUUUCAGUAUUUUAUCAGAGUAUGAACAUUGCUCCUUCUUUCUUUUUUCUUGAUGCAGGCAGCAAUGAAAGCUGGAUUAUCCGAGAGUGAGAUUAAAGAAUUGCUGAAUAAGUACACCACACAGAAGAUCAAAGACAAGCUGAAAUUCUCCUCACAAGAUGCCUUGAACUAUGGGGUCAGUCUCCCUCAAUUCUCCUUGUAGAUUCAGACAAGACAGUGCAAUGAACAGCAUCUCUCUCUCUCUCCCUGCACCUCCCUAGGCAUUUGGAUUCCCCUUGAUUGUGUGCCAUGUUGAAGGCAAGCCAGAGAUGUUUUUUGGAUCUGACAGAUUUGAGCUCAUGGCUCACUGCAUCGGUGAGAAAAUUAUUCACAAGAACACACACACGCACACAAUUUUUAAUAAACUACCUUACCUGCACUUUUCAUCACCCCUCAUAUGACAAUUCAGUCAUAAGUCGUAUGAUCAGUCCAGCUUCUCAUCAGCAUUCAAGACUCAGUUAGAUUCUCGCCCCAGACUCAUUUAGUUCUCUGUUUCAGGUGAAAAGUGGCUGGGACCUCAGCCUGACAAAUCAGCUGCCAAACUGUGA